UUUCAUUUCAGUGCUUGUUUAGUCCUCUACCCUCUGAUACUACUGAGCCUGAAGCUGGUUUUAAACAUCUUCCCCCUCACGCCCUUGAAAUACCAUCUUCAGUACAAAACCUGAGGAUGUGGAAGUUCUGCUCAGCGAUGGGAAGGAAUUGCUUUUCUGACCGAGGAACUCUCAAGCCACUGUGAUACAGAAAGUGACUUAAAGUUUGCUGUAAUGAUGAAAACAUCAGCAGGAGAGAAGGGAGCCAGGGAUGACUCAGGCCCUGUCAGAGAUACCAGUGAAGAGGGGAAAGAGACACAUCUCUGUCAGGCCAUUGCUGUGCGAAAUUGCCUCCAGCUUCCAGGGAUCAGCAUCCUUGACAAACUCAUCAAGACAUGUCCUGUCUGGCUUCAGCUGAACAUGAGCCAGGAAAGAGCUGGGGCGAUCCUUGGCAAAGAAACAGCAGGGAUAUUCUUAGUUAGGAAAGAGGGUAAUGUGAACAACAUGGUCCUUGCAGUCCGCCUACCAGUGCAGAAUGAGGCUCCUGGUGUGCUGGAGUACAACAUUAAAGAAGAAAAAUCAAUCCUGUACCUGGAAGGAUCUGUCCUUGUAUUUGAGGAUGUUUUCAAGCUGGUUGCCUUCUACUGUGUCAGCAGGGAUUUAUUGCCCUUUACCCUGAAGCUGCCACAAGCAAUAUUAGAAGCCAGGAGCUUUCAAGACCUUGAAAUUAUCUCUAGUCUGGGGAUAGAUUUUUGGGAUUCCUACUUAAACCACAGAAGACAGGACUUAUCCCACCCUGCAAAAGACCCUCCUUUCAGCACUGCCCAGGCAGACCAUUUAAGAUCUACCCAGUGUUUUGCAAGUAGCACAAACCACUGCUCAUGUGAAAUUGAGCUGUCAAUAGGAAAUGACAGGCUGUGGUUUGUGAAUCCUAUUUUUAUAGAAGAGUGCAAUAAUCCCUGUCCUCCAGAUGUACCUUCUCCUAAAGGCCACUCUGGGAGCAUUGAUGUCCCCCUUGCCACCAUGCUUACUGAGAGGAGGUCUCCCCGACGGCCUCCUCCCCCUCCACCUUCUCAAGCUCUCAUUCAGAAAUCUUCUCUGAAGUUCCCACAGGACCCCAUGACUGCCUGUGAAGAAAACAAGCUACUUAUUAAGCCACUGGGAAAGAGCAUUGAGGAAAUGAAAAUUGAGGGCAGUGAUGAUAAAGAAGAAAGGAAGCAGAGCUGCUUGGCCAAUGAGCCCCUGGCAGUGUGCCCCAAGAAGGGCUCUCAGCCCUCUGUUCCCCCGCGGAGGCGGCUGAGUGAGAGGACCUCAGAGGAGAGCUGUGCGCGUAAUCCUGAAAGUUGUGAAUUGCUGAAAGGGGAAGGGACAGAAGAAAACCAAGAUGCAAGUGCAGGGAGCAGAGAUAAAACAUUGCUGUGCAAAAAGGCUGUAGAAAUGCCUGGGGAGGUUUCCAAAAGGGCUGUAUCGCAGUUUCAGGAGACAAAGUCUGAACCUGCAGAGAAGAAGGAGGACAUGCCUAAGAUACAAAGCAGUACCACUGAGAAAGGAAAGUCACCUCCUAUCCCACCACCAAGAAGGAAGAGGGUUGCCCACGUACCAAGGAUCCCCAGCUCCUGCCAGCCAAAGCAAAGAACAGUGGGAGAGAUAGCCGUGGCUACGGGGCAGGCUGUGUGCAAGGGCAGCCCAGCUACAGUGACGGGUGGUGCCACUUGCACACACACCAAGACUGAACCAGGACAUGGCCACAAAUCUGUCAGCUCAGCUGAGCUGGAAGGUUCACGCUUGUCCCUGGAGGACCUGGGAGGCAGUGCCAUGGCUCAGGCAUCAACAUCUGAGCCAGACUCCUACUCCACCAGCAGCACAGAGGAUGACCUGGAGAUACUGAGUAGUUCAUCUGGCAAAAAGACACGCUCCGUGAUCUUGGCCAAGGCAAAAAACAGGCUGUCCUUGGUGAACCUGUCCAAUGUCUUCACGGUCUUUUUGUCUAGUGACAGAAAGCUGCAGAAGAAGAUAGUGGAGCUUGCACAGGACAAGGACUCAUACUUUGGCAACCUGGUGCGGGACUACAGAGUGUACAGUUUGGAGAUGAUGGCAAAGCAGAGCUCCAGCACAGAGAUGCUACAAGAGAUCCGGCUGAUGAUGACACAGCUGAAGAGUUACUUAGUGCAGAGCACCGAGUUGAAAUCUCUGAUAGAUCCAGCCUCCUACACCGAGGAACAGUUAGAAGUGAUUGCGGAGACAGCUUUGUACAAGUGUGUCCUGAAACCUUUAAAGGAAGCCAUUAAUUCUUCCUUAAAAGAAAUACACAACAAAGAUGGAACUUUACAGCAGCUGAAAGAGAACCAGCUUGUGAUACAAAACACAACUACCACUGACCUGGGCGUCACAACCAGUGUGCCUGAAACUGCUGUGCUGGAAAAGAUCCUUCACAAGUUCACGACCAUGCAUAAGACCUACUCUCCAGAAAAGAAAAUUGCCAUCUUGCUGAAGACCUGCAAACUCAUCUAUGACUCCAUGGCUCAGGGAAAUCCAGGAAAGCCCUAUGGUGCAGAUGACUUCCUCCCUGUGCUCAUGUAUGUGUUGGCCCGCAGCAACUUGACUGAAGUCCUUCUGAAUGUGGAGUAUAUGAUGGAGCUCAUGGACCCGGCUCUGCAGCUAGGAGAAGGCUCCUAUUAUUUAACAACCACCUACGGGGUCCUGGAGCAUAUCAAGAACUAUGACAAAAUCACUGUGACACGGCAGCUGAGCGUGGAGGUUCAGGACUCCAUCCACCGCUGGGAACGACGGAGAACGCUGAACAAGGCCCGGGCUUCCCGCUCAUCAGUGCAGGAUUUCAUCUGUAUCUCCUUUCUGGAAAUCAGUGGUCAAUCAAGGACACUUGCUUCCCGUCACGACACCACAGCUGAGCAGCUGAGCCAGCAGUGUGCCGAGAAGUUUGAAGUGUCCCAUCCCAAGGACUAUGGACUCUUUGUUUGUGUUGAUGACCAGUGGCUGCAGCUGGACAAAGACGCUCUUCCUCACCACAUCAAAGCCUCCCUGCUGAAGAGUGAAACCAAGAAAGAUUUCCAUUUUAUUUAUAAACCAGUAGACCAUAAAACCCCACCAGUUCCAAUUGUCAAAGAGUCAGAUUUUUCCUAAGGGCCAUGCUGCUUUUUUUCUGUCUUUGCUGUCAUCCUGGAAGAGCUGGAUAAUUUACCUUGUGAGAUCCUCUGGUAUCUGCUCACCUCAGAAGUUCUCUAGUGUGGCCUUCAACAUAGGGCAGAUGGGCUAAUUGUAGAUGGUGUCUGAACAACGUCAGUAGAGGUCAUUUUCAGAAGUAAAAGGAGCAUUCAGGAGAGCAUUCAUCCUCUGGAAAACUUGAAGUAUCAGUCCUCAGAACCUCCCAGCCACAGCUAGCCAACACUGCAGAACGAAAAUGAACAGUGGCAAAAAUCCAGAGAUCUUACAAAAAGGUGGACAUUUACUUUAUAACAAAUGAUGGCAGGUGUGAAUUACGUCUGUGCAGGAGGCCUUUGAAAGGCCUGCACACACCUCAGUCUGUUUGGAGGUAAGACUGUGUUUGUGCCUUACAGAUCUGUUCACCCAGUCUGAGUAAACUGGGUCUUGUCUGAUAUAUUCAGUGGCAUAGGGUUGCCACCUCUAGCAGAACUCCAUCUCUGUCUUGCUGUCAACAUGUCUUUGCCUUUGAGAUCCACAUAAUUACAAACAGUGCAAAAUGACCCUGUACUUUCACUAAAAAUAUGGGGUUUGCCUUCUAUCUGUUACUCAAAUCAGGUAGCAUAGGCAUUUUCAUCAAUGUAUUUUUCCUAAAGAUUGAACAUCUUCACUAUCAGUUUUAAUGUACAGCAGUUUUAUUCACGUUGGUUGUUUGAUAGUGUCUGGUUAAUUGUAUAUUUAUUUCAAUGUGUGAUAUGGUGCAAUUAUUUUAAAAUAAGCCUUUGUAAAGAACUUAAUAAUUUGCCCAGAGUAUCAAACCAGAUUAAAAUUUGAAAGUCAAAAGGAGUUAGAAUUAAAUACCAAUCCCUUUUUACAUGGCUGUCAUUUUCACAAGUGUUAUCCUAGCUGUAAUUCCCACCAGAUCAUUACUUUAAUAAAUUUAGGCUGUUGCAGACA